CAUACCAGACUCACAUUUCACUACAGGUUGUAUUUGCAUAUAACUGUGUAUGUGACAAAUAAAAACCUUGAAAUAUUUCUGUUUUACUCCACAAAUUUAUCAGGGUGGAAUUAGAAUACCACCAAAUUGAUAUUUGCUCUUCAUACAUGUUUUUGAUAACACUGCUCUUACAUUUCAUUACACGCAACUUUUCCAUUUAAAUGUUAUUUUCUAGCAGUAUAAAGCACACUCGAGCUUCUAUGUACCAUCAGUCUGCUGUCUCUCUUUUGUUUGCCCCCCUGUCAUUUCCACUCCUCUCUCAUUUCCUGUGUCCUGUUGUCAUGGCCACUGUUGCCAAGGAGAGGCGGCCACAAUAGAAGGAAAUGUAAACCAGAGAUCUUGUAGCCUUAAUAUUUUAUUCAUCAGCACAGACACUAACGUCUCCGGGUUAUAGAGCGAGGCGAAACAGAGGGCGAAACACGUUCAGAUAGUUAGAAACAAAUCAUCUUUCCUUGUUCUUUAUCAAAUAAACACUUUAAAAUGCAUAUUUUUAUAUUGAUAGUAACACAGCUCUAAACAACACAACACUAUGUCAAUUCAUCUUCAAAAACCUGGCAAAGCAUUAUAUUGUAUUGAUGUAAACAGAUCUGUACUUCACACGUCACACUGUUAAAAUUAUUUACAGAGAUACGUUUUACAAGAAAUCGACUGGCGUACUGCAAAGUGAAGUUUUUGCAGUUAGUCAUUCCAGUCGCCCUCAUACAUGCCCAUACUUCUCUCUCAAAGCAAGAUUUUAGUCAAAACCUAUUCACCAAAGCCAAAGCGCAUCUGUUUUAGCAGCGGGUCAGUAUUUUUAAGCCCCAUUGUUGAGGGCCCUAAAUUAUUUUGUUGUUAAUUGAUCCUCUGACAGACACCACACUCGCCCUCCCUCCUUUCUCUUGCCCCGUCUCCCUCUAUACACUGCUAUUUGCUUUCUUUUCGGCUUUGGUCAGGACUGUUUCUGGAAAACUGGCACACUUAAACACCUGUAAAUGUUAUCGGGCCGCCCAAUAGACGAUCACCGCCGUGCCUGCAACUAACCAACCGGUGAUGGUUUUGUUGUAGGGAGGGAAGAGGAGACUGCUUUUGUCUUUGCUUAAGUGGUUUGAGGCACGACACCCUUUUUGUGUUUCGGCUGCUCUUGAUACGAAGAAGAAGAAGAAGAUAUUGUCCUUUGGGUUUCAUCCUCACAGAAACCAACACGUGUUGGUGUGUCAAAUCUGAAGAACUUAUUUGCAGCAUCAAUUGGAUUUUUAACUCAAGCAAAACUGCCGGAUAAUUUGCAAAGGAUUGUGCCGUUUACGUUAGUCUUGAUUCUUUCAACAUUGCUCAAAUUCUUUGGUUUGUUUGGGUCUUUGGAGGUAAUCCAGCCGCUGCCUCCAUGUAACAGUAUCAAAUUUAAUCUGUGUGACCCGUUUGGGUAAGUCAACACCAACGUGGGUAGCAACAGAGGCACACGUCCGGAUGAUAAGAGGAGAUCUUUCUUUACAGAGAAGAGAACAAGUCCGCUGCCACCUACUUCUGCCAUCUGGACGUAGGAACUUCAAAGUUUCAGUCGGUCCAAUGUGGGAGUAAUAAGAGGAUUGGCAGUCGUGCCAACCUCUGACAGUUAUCCCUAUCUGGACCUUCUGCCAGCGGAAAGGUGUCGUCGAGGUUGUGGCCCGAGGAGGCGUGGUAUUCAGAGGGUGGCGAUAUGGUGAACACAGGAAUGCAGCUGAUCAGCUUUACCUGCGCCGUGACAGGCUGGGUGAUGGCUAUAGCGGUGACGGCGCUGCCCCAGUGGAAGGUCACGGCCUUUAUAGGCAGCAACAUCCUUACCUCCGAGAUCGUCUGGCAGGGCAUAUGGAUGAACUGUAUCUACCAGACCACCGGACAUAUGCAGUGUAAGACCUACGACUCCAUGCUGGCUCUGCCGCCUGAUAUCCAGGCGGCACGGGCUCUGAUGUGCAUUGCCAUCUUCUUGGGCUGGUUGUCCUGCACCGUCUCUUGCUGUGGCAUGAAGUGCACCACCUGCGCCGGGGACGAUCGCCAUGCCAAGGCCGGCAUAGCUCUGUCCGGUGGGGUGCUCUUCAUCCUGACGGGCCUGUGCGUCCUAGUUCCGGUUUCUUGGACAGCAAAUACUGUGGUGCAGGACUUCUACAACCCUAACGUUCCCCUGCAGCACAAGCGGGAGCUGGGUCAGGCCAUUUAUUUGGGAUGGGCGGCAGCCGUGAUCCUUAUGAUCAGCGGGGCCGUGCUGAGCAGCACCUGCCCACACAUCGAAAGAGGGGGGUACAGACGAGGGUUCACGGGCCGUAGUUUCGCCAACUCUAGGCCUUCCGCACCCGAUCUCCCCAAACCCAUCACCACCAGCACCUUGCCUCUUAAGGAGUACGUAUAGGGAGAAAUUUGAGCAGAUGUUUGUGAUGUAAAGUGCUAAUGAGAGGCUAAAUAGGGAGACUCAGUUGGAAAUGAAAUGUGCACUCAGUAAAUAUUUAGUUUUUUUGCUGGAUAGAGGCGCUUGCCGCUUGAUGUCCAGUAAUUUCUUUACCGUUUGUUUCCUAGCUCCCGCUUGUUUAGUUGUUUUAUUCAUUUUUUUGUAUUGGUGGAUCACACACAUGCUUAUUCAUACUAAAGUAUAGGCUCUUAUGUGGUGUUUAAUUUGUAUAUUGUGUUAUUGUUGUUAUGUUCGGUUUGCUUGUUCUAUUAGAUGUACCUAAAAAUUAUGUUAAUGCUUUACACACUAUCAAAAAAUAGUUCCUAGCUGUCACUCAGGAAGUAAAAAUUUUUCCAUAAAAUGUACCAUUUAGUACCAUUAUCUACAUUUGAGGUAUUAUUAUGAACUCUUUAGGUGCAAUGGUGUAUUUUUAAAAGGGUACCGCCCCAGUGACAGCUUGGGACCAUUUUUCUGAAACGUAUAAAUCCUUAAAGCUGAAGUGUGUCAUUUCUCUGCUCCUUGCAUCAUCAAAUGAAAUUGUGUUUUUAAAUUUCCUGGACAUUCUUAUUAUUAUUUCUCGGUUGGAUUAAUAACCCAAAACUUUCAAAUGUUGUUUCUGAAUAAUAAGAUGGGAUGGGGAAAAGGAUUUUGAUGUAGAAAAAAGUUUUGGCUUUGGCUUUUAUAAAAAUUAUUUAUUUUGCUGAUAUUGCUGGUCAAGUGAUCUCAACACUGCAUACGCCACAGGAACCUCUUCAUAUGUUAAUGAACAUCACGUGAUAUCUUUCAGAAGUAUUAUUCUUAAGGGGGUAAAACUUUUCAAAUGUGAAAAAAUACUGGGUGCACCUUUAAUUAAAGAUAAAUUUGUAUUUAAGGCACAAAGUUUUCUCUCUUAAUAAUACUAUAUCAGUAUUGUAGUGGGUCUGAGACUAAAAGGUCCCAUUCUUUCUGUGUUUUUGAAGCUUUGAUUGUGUUUAGAAUGCGCAAUAUGACAUGUGCUCAUGUUUCAUGUGUAAAAUAAACCGCAGUAUUUUCACACAACUUACUUAUCUGUAUAGCGCUGUUUUCCCUGUCCUAAAAAAGAGCUGAUGUCUUCCUUGUUCUAUAAAGUCCCUCCUUCAGAAAUACGUAACGAGUUCUGAUUAUGUAGUUUGUUUAGUGUGUUGUGAUUCGAUAGCAGAUUGGCUUGCCGUUAGCUUAGCUGGCGACUGACGUAUUCCUGUGGGCGGAGUUUAGUCAAAAAACUGUUCUAGUGACGUCAUUAAAGCAGGAAGUAGAGGGCUGUAGUCCAAACGGCCAUUCACUGUAGACUUUAAAAGACGAAUUUUGUUAAAGAAAAUAUAUCGCCUGGCAGUGAACUUUAAGCUUUAUCAUUUUACAGGUAUUAUUUAUUGUAUUAUAGCAACAUUACACACGCACUAGGGUAUAAAAAAUGGGAUCGGAAAAAACGUGACCUUUAACUAUUUUAUCAAUGUAUGUUAUGCUCUCAUGAAAAAUGUGGAUGGUUACACUAUGCUAUUUAUGAUUAUUAUUAUUUAGAUUAACUUUACCGUUUUGAUCUUUAUUUGAUUUUGUUUAAAAACCCCGAUAGCACUGACAUUCAAGACCUAUCUUCAGUGUCUUCCCAUGCAUAAAGGGGCCAUGGCAUGAAGUGCUAUAAUUGGGUCCCCAGUGCUUCUAUCAACCUAGAAAAUGUGAAAAAGAUCAACCCAGUAACUUAGUAUUGUUAAACCAUUCUCUACAAGCACAUGAAAAAAUAGGUCGUUGAAAUUUGGCUCUCCUUAUGAUGUUAUAAGGAGCUCUUAUUAUAAUAAUACCGCCCCUUAAUCCGCACUAUCCAACCACAGCACUGCCAUUUAGUGCAGAGAAAAGCACAAUUGAGUUUUAAUUGCAACAAACCACCAUCAUUGUGAUCAGUGUUUGAAUUUCAUCAGCUCAUUUGCAUUUUAAAUGACACACCCAAAAUGGCAUAUUUUUGCAUACACAUACAAAGUGGCAAUUUAAACAUGUUAUAAUAAAUUAUUUAUAUGGUAUUUUGAGCUAAAACUUCACAUAUGUGCUCUAGGGACACCAAAGAUUUAUUUCACAUCUU